AUGUCCGCCACUCAAGAUAAGGGCAAGCGUCAAGUACGCUGGUACUUUGGCGGUAUUGCAGCAGCAGGAGCGGCUUGCUGCACGCAUCCACUGGAUACAAUUAAGGUUGCUCUUCAAACUCAAUUGGGUCAAUUGACUGCAACCGAAAUUACUAUUAAAAUUGUACGCGAGCACGGUAUCAUCGGUUUAUACAGAGGGCUUUCCGCGUCCGUAUUACGAAAUCUAACUUAUUCGAUAACACGUUUCGGCCUCUACGAAACUGGUAAAACUUAUGUGCCAACCGAUACUUUAUUAGCCAGAGUUCUGUUGGCCGGUUUCUCGGGUACAAUUGGUGGUUUUUUAGGUAUCCCAGCAGAUAUGGUUAAUGUGCGCAUGCAAGCCGAUCUUGCUUUUCCGCCCGAACAAAGAAGAAAGUAUAAACAUGGUUUGGACGGGAUAAGAAGAGUGUUUAAAGAAGAAGGCUUCACUAAAUUAUUUGCGGGAGGUACAACUGCGACUUCAAGAAGUAUCUUAAUGACUAUUACUCAAACUGCAUUUUACGACCACAUUAAAAUCAUGUUGACAAAGACUCCAUAUUUCGAAGAUAAUUGGUUUACCCACUGCACGGCCGUUAUGGUUGCCUCUGCUAUUUCUACAAGUAUCUUUCAACCGGUGGAUAUCAUAAAAACUCGCUCCCAAAGUUCUAGGCCUAUGGAACACAAGAGCUUAGGAGAAAUUAUCAGAUAUACGGGCUGUAAAGGUCCUUCAGGCUUCUAUAAAGGCUAUUUACCCUCCUUUUUGCGUUUAGGUCCACAAACCCUCAUCACCUUUAUGAUAGUAGAAAAAUUGCGAGAAAACUUUGGUCGCUUGCCGGACGAAGUCAAUUAA